UGACUGUGAUCGAUAAUAUACCCUCUCUUAUCCUUCAAGGCACUGUGCGUAAUAAUGUGGCCAAUUUGAUCACUGUGCGCUAAAGCGCAUGUGCCAUGCUAUCCGCCGUCUUUCUCUUUUUUUGUGUUUGUGUGUGUGUGUGUGUGUCCUGUCAGAGAGAGUCAGAGACAGUGCUGUCAUUUCCUUGAUGCGCUCAUUGGUGUGUCCCUAUAACGUGUCACAACUUUUGGUGGAUUACCCCAGUUAUGUGAAGCAUCAUUAGUUGUUGAAGUACCACUCACGCUCUCUCAUCCUUGUCUUCGAGGUAACCACCUGCAGGAACAAGGUCCCUCUGACUAGAACAGUUCAGGAACUUGAUGAAUGCAAAUAGAUCAGCAUCCAAAGGAACUCGUGGAACAACAUUUUCAAACAUGCUCUGUUUAAUAUUAUCGGUUCUUACACUUGCGCCUGCCUCUAAAAUGCAUAGUAUCCAUGUGUCUAGAGAGCCCACCAACAUGCUAUUCUCUUCUUCCACAUUUCUAAUGUUUUCAUUGAUGACGUCUCUGCUGGUGAAGGAACUGGAGGCUGCGACCACCGCAGCUACAACGCCUGGUUGCGCGUCUUGUGGCAUUCCGCCGAUGGAGAAGGAUUCGGAGCAGAGGCUCCUGGUUGAGAUCGCCAAGCAACAGAUCUUGAACAAGCUGCACCUGAAAGAGAGACCGAACAUCACCUCGACUGUGCCCCGCGCUGCGCUUAUCACGGCUCUCCGCAAACUGCACGCGGGGCGAGUCAGACCGGACGGCACCAUUGAACUUGAAAUGAAGAUCAAUGAUACAAAAGAUCAGGGAUAUGAAAUGGUGAGCUUCGCAGAAAUUGAUGAGAUGGACACUACUGGUGCUCAGCCACGCCUCACCUUCCAGUUCCUGCAGGAGCAAGGCCACAGCAUUCAGGUGCUCCAGUCAGCCCUGUGGCUGUACGUCCGCUCCUCUGACGCCCCUAACUCGGGGCCCCGCCCCACCGUCACAGCCCACAUCUACCUCUCCGGGCCUGGGGAAAGCUGCUCUAACCGCACCCUCCUCCUAGAGAAGAUCCUGGAUGUGCAGAAGAGCAACUGGUACACCUUCCCCAUUACACACACCCUGCAAGCGUUCAUGGACGGGGGCCAGCGGCUGCUACAGCUGGAAGUCACCUGCACAGAGACUGGGGUAGGCGGAGAGAAUGGCGUUAGCCAGAACCUUUGUGAGCUGGGUAAGACCAUGGACAUGGCCCACCAGCCUUUCAUGGUGGCCCAGGUGCGGCUCCGCGAGGACCACAAACACGUCCUCCAGAAGAGGUCCCUGCAGUGCGGAGAUGAUGUUACGGUCUGCUGCAAGAAGGACUUCUACGUCAAGUUCAAGGAUAUCCAGUGGCAGGACUGGAUCAUAGCUCCAGAAGGGUACCACAUGAAUUACUGUAUGGGCCAGUGUCCCCAGGCCCUGGCUGGGUCUCCAGGCAUCGCGUCUUCCUUCCACGCUACAGUCUUCAGCCAGCUCAAAGCCAAUGGCAUCAACACCGCAGUGUCUUCCUGCUGUGUGCCCAUCCAGCGCAGGCCUCUGUCUAUGGUCUACUUCAACUCACAGCACAGCAUCGUCAAGACCGACGUCCCUGACAUGAUCGUAGAGUCCUGCGGCUGUACGUAAAGAAAGAGAAGAAAGAGAAAGACAAGACAUUCAGCUAGUUAUGCUUUUAGUCUGAGAAGACUAGAUUGAAUGUGUCACCCAUGCACAGACAGAUGCAAACACAUGCACAGACAGAUGCAAACACAUACACAGACAGAUGCAAACACAUGCACAGACAGAUGCAAACACAUACACAGACAGAUGCAAACACAUACACAGACAGAUGCAAACACAUACACAGACAGAUGCAAACACAUGCACAGACAGAUGCAAACACAUACACAGACAGAUGCAAACACAUGCACAGACAGAUGCAAACACAUACGCAGACAGAUGCAAACACAUGCACAGACAGAUGCAAACACAUGCACAGACAGAUGCAAACACAUACGCAGACAGAUGCAAACACAUGCACAGACAGAUGCAAACACAUGCACAGACAGAUGCAAACACAUGCACAGACAGAUGCAAACACAUACAUGCAUACUUCACGAUCAUGCCGUAUAGAAUUUAAGAUGUUCCGUCUUCAUCAAUUCGAUAGAGGGUUUUUGAACGCCAAUUGGGAAUAGUACUGAGUGCUCAAAGGGUUUGUUUAGUCAAUUGGUCAUACACAGAGAGAGAUUCAUAUAUCGCCUUCAUUCCUUUUUUUAAUUUACUGUAAAACAAUGAGCUGUUAUUAUCGUAUUUCCUUUUACACCUAGUUUUUUUGUUUUACUGAUGAGCGUGAGGUGAGCUAAGAAAGACACAGUAAGAUUUAUGCAGUCAGUGCCUGGACCUAAGGGAAAUGGAGUAGAGCUUACUCUUUUUCUUUGUUUCUAAAAAGAUGUGUGUUGCAUCGACAAGUUUCACACAUAUCCCACGUGCACAUCUGACUGAGAAUGCCCAUCGUAAUACAGUGAAAUUGUAUACACUAGUAUAAACCAAAAAAAAAUCUUAAUUUGAAAGUUGUCUAAUUCCUUCGAGUCCAUUCCAAGUAUAGUUACAUACAUUGCAGAGCAUUUGGACUUCCCCACUGUUUUGUCGUUUAGAAAUUGGGUGUUCUGAUUCUGAAUUCUAGACUUUCUUGAGAUCCCAUAGAGGAGCUACGUUCUCGAGACUCGUGCAAUCGCACUCAUGCAAUUCUGAUGCUUUAUACAACACAAGACAGCAGUGAAAGCUUUAAAAUGAAUCGGGAAUAGAUCUCACUCCUGGGAAACCACCCAGACAGGAGCAGAUAUCUGCGGUGGAUAGGUUAAAAAUGGUUUCAUCAGCAUCUGCACUGUAUUAUUUGCUCAGAUAGUCAGUUAGGCAACAGUCUGGCUUUGACGGCAUGAACUCACGGUUACUAGUCAGCUGUACAAGCAAACAUUUAGCUAUUGCCACAGUGGCAGGCAACGUGAAGGUCCACGAAACACGCAGGUCAACAAGCAUGUGCAUGCUCCAAGGCACAUCGGAGUUUGCAUUUUCCAAAAUCUAAAGUUUAGGGCUGAUGUAAAUUAGAUGAAUCCAUUCAAGCAAAUAAAGUAUCUGUCUAUCUUUGUUUUCGUGCUAUAAUGUUUACACUAAAUGGGUAUAAUGUGUGUGUGUGUGUGAUAAGUUUAAAGCUGAAACCUCUUUGCUGUUUUCUUAAUGGUGUGCAUCUUGUGUGUGGUUGGCAGUAACAGUGUAUACUGUACUGUAAACUUUCCUACCCUACCCUGGACUAUGGAGCAAAAGUCCCCAUAUUGCAUUGCAGUAUGAUAUGCUAACAUUGCCCUCAGGAUCCUAUAGCAAACACUUCCUGGUUACCUGGCUCUUAGAACAUUAGAAUAAUAGAACAUUAUAUUGUUUUUCUGCAAGCACUUCCUGUCCUCCUGUCCUAGAGCUUAAUGUAUGUCACAUUGAGGAGCCAUCCUUCCAUAGGGAACAUGUACUGCAGUCUGGAAUGUACCAUGAUGAUAACUAAUACCGUUGAUUGUGAGACCAAAAAAGUGAAAGUUUUUCCAAACAGAAAGCCUCACAUGACUUUCAUGAUUGGCAAUGAUUUCUUCAUGAGCACUUUAUCGGCUUACUGUAUAUUUAUGAGAUUCUGCAACGGGUUGUUCUCUACUGCCAUUUCCUAUUUUUGGUACUCAGUCACUGCAUGUUAAAAGCAAUGGCAAAAAUAUUGUUAUCAGGUUAUUUUCGUAAGCCCUUGCUUUAUGGACAGUAUGUGUGGCCCUUGAUAUAACUUCAUAUUGUAUCUGUUGUAAACAGAAUUUCUCUAUACUGUAACUGGAUAAUGACACCAGCAUUUUGAUUGAAUAUCAAUUCCAGUAGAUUCUAUUGUCUUUUUAUUUUUACAUGAUAUGUUGAAUAAUUUGUAUUAAUAAAUGUUAUUUUUUUAUGUGUCUAAUGUACUGUAUUCCAUAAUUCUAUUGAAAAUGUAUUUUAAACAACACAAAUAAAUAUUUUUGACUUGA